AAGAUUGUUGCCAUAAAUGAACCAUCCAUGCGCUUCCUCCAUUCGAAUUGCGUUCAAUAUGUUAGAAGCUUCAUGAAAGCUCAGAAAUUCAUAAGCGCUCUCAACAGAAAUUAUAAAUAUUCGUUUGCAACCGAAUUCCAUCAACGGAUGGUUUCUUCCUGGACAUCUUGAAUUUCCCUUAUUUGAUAUUUAGAAACAAAUCAUUUGAUCAAAUUCUUCUAUAAACCCAACCCUUCCCCCCCUUUACAUCAUGUGAUAAUCCACUACAGGGGUUUUGAGGUUUCUCACAAUGGAUUUUCGGAAUUUGUUUAUCCCACUCGUCCUCUGUUUCUCUAUUUUCUCCCCCGAUUUCCACCUCCAAUCAUCAGGCUUACGCGAAAUGCGAGGUUCGGUGAUUAGAUUGCCCAGUGGUGAGUCUGACGGUCGUCCUUUUGAUCCAUCUCGGGUCACCCAAAUUUCGUGGCAUCCAAGGGCGUUCUUAUACAGGAACUUUUUAACAGAUGAAGAGUGCGAUCAUCUCAUUCGACUGGCGAAGGAUAAGCUCGAGAAAUCUAUGGUCGCGGACGUUCAAACUGGUAAGAGCAUAGAAAGUACGAUUCGAACGAGCUCAGGCAUGUUUCUGAAGAAAGCUCAGGAUGAAGUAAUUGCUGGAAUUGAAUCAAGGAUUUCAGUUUGGACAUUCCUUCCUGUAGAAAACGGGGAGGCUAUGCAAAUAUUGCAUUAUGAAAAUGGUCAAAAAUACUCGCCACAUUGGGAUUACUUCCAGGAUAAGAUCAAUCAGGAAAGAGGUGGUCACAGGAUAGCUACUGUACUAAUGUAUUUAUCUAAUGUUAAGAAAGGUGGAGAGACAAUAUUUCCUUACUCAGAGGUAAAAGAAUCUCAACCGAAAGCUGACAUGGACUGGUCUACGUGUGCGAAAACAGGUUAUGCUGUGAAACCCAAGAAGGGAGAUGCUUUAUUAUUUUUUAGUCUUCAUCCUAAUGCUACAACCGACCCUUUGAGCUUGCAUGGUAGCUGCCCUGUGAUAGAGGGGGAGAAAUGGUCGGCAACCAAAUGGAUACAUGUAAGAAGUUUUGAUCUUAAGCCGGUUAUUUCAAGUGAAACGCAAGGCUGCAGGGAUGAAAACGUCAAUUGCAGUUUCUGGGCUGCCCGAGGCGAAUGUGACAAGAAUCCUAUCUAUAUGGUGGGUUCUGUUGAUACACAUGGACACUGUCGGAAGAGUUGUAAAGUAUGUUAGAAUCCUCAAUAACGUGUCAAUGCGUUUUUCGUUCUUUUUUUUUUCUUGUACAUAUAAUACCGAGUUUUUAAUUCUGUCCCUUUGUAGAACUGACAUAAAUUUUUGGUCA